GCCGACGCUUUAGAUGGUGACCCGCCGAUGCGCGUCGCGGCGCGCGCGGCGCCGCGCGUCGUCGCGGCUUCGGCGUUUGGCGGUGCUGCGGGCGGCGACGUGCCGCCCGAGAAGCCCCGCGCCGAUCUACUCGAUGGUGCCCGCGCGCUCGACGCUUUAGAUGAUCCGACGGCGGGCGCCUCUGACGAGACGUUGCGCUUAUUGCCGUCGCCCGCGCUCCAGGCGCUCGCUGCUUCGGACGCCUCGGCGUCUUCUCAGCGCGGCGCGCCCGUCGCUUCGUUAGAUGGGCCUUCCCUGACGCGCGGAGCGCCUGAAUCGGCGGCCUUCGGCGGCUCGGACGCGCUCAUGCCUCCACUGCGGCGCGCCGACGACGAUGAUGAUGACGACGACGACGACCCCCUCACGGCGGCGGUGCGCAAAGCCGAAGCGAAGCCCGAAACUCCAGAGGCUCGGGAGGCUCUGAACGAUCUACCGCCGGGGAAGACGCCUUCGAGCGGCCUCGCGGCCCUGUUACUGCGCUUCAAUUUAUUUGCGGUCAUCAAGGAGACGUGCUCGGUCGUCGGCGGUUCUCUGAUUGACGAUUUGGAGGAGUUAGACCAGGAGAAGCGGAAGGAGAGAGGAGGUGGCGGCUGGCCCAUUAAAUUCUACAUCUACAAGAUCGUCUUGUUCGCGGCGCAGAUGGCUCUCAUCUACGGGGACGUCCGCUUCGGGGACAUGGGCAUCAGCAUCUUCCGGUGCGUCUUCGGCCGCUAUUGCCUCGCAAAGAUCUUGUGGGUGGGCAAAAAGACGAUGCUGGACGCGAUAAAGAUGCAGGUGCCGCUGCUCUGGGUGCCUCUGGAGGUGCGAGCCGAGGACCUGCACCUGCUGCCGUCGUGGGUCCGCGUCGCGUUCCCGCGGGGCCUGCGCUUCGACUCGAUCGCGGUGAUCAAGGCGCUCCUGCAGCGGUCGAACGGCUUGUUCUUCGACUGCAAGUGCUUGCUCUGGUCCAGCGUCGCCGGCGUCGCCGCCUCGGGCACGGCGCUCGCGCUCACAACGGCCUGCGUCGCGCCGCGCCGCGCGAAGCGCUCGCGGGCGCUCGUGUCGUCUUCGGCGCCGGGCGGCUCUUCUGAUGCGGUGUCGUCGCUCUUUUCGGCGGGCGUCGACUACGCGGCCAUCGAUUUCUCCUCGCUCCCGACGUGCGCGCGGCGCGGCUCGGCGCUCCUGUCUUCGCAGCUCGGGUUCCCGCUCUCGGCGUCGGUGCCUUUCUUCUACAUCCGCUUCCACAAGCCGAACUCUUCGAAGCUCACGGAGUGGUUCCUCGUCGACGACCUGGGGUCUGUCGCGCCGGAGCUCAACCGCCAUCGGGUCUGGGACACCAUGCCCGCCUGGGUCCUCUCAUCCAAGACGCUGCGCGCGCUCGCGGCCGGCGCGGCCCUGAUCUUCCGCGGGAUGGACGUCCGCGAGGUCGCGACGUCGCCUCAAUCGCUCCUGGAGGUCUUCGAUCCGACGAUCGAGUGCAAACACAACUACACCUACACGAUCUGGGCCGGCGUCGACUUCGUCAUCUUGCUGCCGGACGGCCGCGUGCUCGACAAGCGGCUCUUCCUCCUCGAGCUCCUCAAGGCCUACGCGGACGCGGCCUGA